AGUUCCAAUUCACCAAACCAAAAGCAGAGUUCACAGAAGCAGCAGCAGAGCAGCAACCAACAGCAGCUGGAUCACAGGUCACAAAGCCUGAUCGACCAUGGCCAUGGCCAAGGCUCUGCUCUUCGCCAUCCUCGGCUGCCUCUGCCUCUGCAGCGCUGUUCUAGCAGCUCGUGAGCUGAGCGAUGACGCGGCCAUGGCGGCGAGGCACGAGAGGUGGAUGGCGCAGUACGGGCGCGUGUACAGGGACGAUGCCGAGAAGGCCCGCCGGUUCGAGGUGUUCAAGGCCAAUGUCGCCUUCAUCGAGUCGUUCAAUGCUGGUAACCACAAUUUCUGGCUUGGUGUGAACCAGUUCGCCGACCUCACCAAUGACGAGUUCAGGUGGAUGAAGACCAACAAGGGAUUCAUUCCUAGCACGACUAGGGUUCCUACUGGAUUCAGGUAUGAGAAUGUUAACAUUGAUGCGCUGCCGGCGACCGUGGACUGGAGAACCAAGGGCGCGGUCACUCCCAUCAAGGAUCAAGGCCAAUGUGGUUGUUGUUGGGCGUUUUCGGCCGUGGCAGCCAUGGAAGGUAUUGUCAAGCUGAGCACGGGCAAACUUAUCUCACUCUCUGAACAAGAGCUUGUUGACUGUGAUGUCCAUGGUGAGGACCAGGGCUGCGAAGGUGGGCUCAUGGAUGACGCCUUCAAAUUCAUCAUCAAGAAUGGCGGCCUCACCACCGAGUCUAACUACCCAUACGCAGCAGCAGACGACAAGUGCAAGAGUGUAUCCAACAGCGUCGCAUCGAUCAAGGGCUAUGAGGAUGUGCCAGCCAACAAUGAGGCUGCCCUUAUGAAGGCGGUGGCUAACCAACCUGUGUCUGUGGCUGUCGAUGGAGGCGACAUGACAUUCCAGUUCUACAAAGGUGGUGUGAUGACCGGCUCAUGUGGCACUGACUUGGACCAUGGUAUUGUGGCCAUUGGCUAUGGCAAGGCUAGUGAUGGUACCAAGUAUUGGUUGCUGAAGAACUCCUGGGGCACGACUUGGGGUGAGAAUGGUUUCUUGAGGAUGGAGAAGGACAUUUCUGACAAAAGGGGCAUGUGUGGCCUCGCCAUGGAGCCUUCCUACCCUACUGCAUAGGGAAAGCUCAAGUGUGAUGUGGAUGAUGUAUAGGGAUUGAUGAAUAAUGUGUUGCUGUGGUUCAUACUUUGUUUGUUCAAAAGAUAUAAUUUAUAAUGCACUUAUCUACGAGAUGCAUGGAUAACAUGUGUUGGAUCUGAUAAAAUAGGUCAAGUAUAUAUUGUCCAUGAGCAAGUGAGCCUUUGCUACAAUUAAUUAAGAUGGCUGGUAAGGUUAUAAGUAGAACAAAUAACAUGUACUGUCAUAAUUUAUAAUUCAAAUUGUUGAAAUCA